CCCCUAAUAUUUCGCUCUCUAUUUCCUCGCACCGAUACUACCGGAGAAAAAGUGAGAUGUUCUUUUCACCCGAGUAUCUUGUCUCCCGUCCUUAUGGAGUGGGAACUGUCUGGUAUGAAGUUAUAUAAUUUGCCUACGAGCAGGGAUACUGAUACAAACUGUAGGUUAGCUGCAACUGUUGGCACGCAGAAUGUUCACCGCAAAAUCAGCCGCAAAGAUAUCAUGGCCGUGCAAAUACCCGAGGCCUGUCAGUCCUUCAUCGAACCGGAUGUGCCCUUGGCCCUACGGUUUCAAUCGAAUCUUCUCUGCGGUGUUGCCCGGUGGGUUUUUUGUCAUGCGGAUAGCCUUACGUUGUGGAACCAAGAGCUAACCAAGAUGCGGCUGCAGGGUCUUCGGCGAGCAGUGCAGAUAUAUGUUGAUUGAUACGAGCCAGGCGGUUAACAAUAUAAGGCGAACCCAUACUUCGGCUCAGGCGCGGACGAUCAUCGAUGAUAUUAAUUUGGCUCGUGGGAACCUCAGGUAAGUGUCACAGCAUUGGUUAGAAAAGGGAGUGAUACUGAAGUCUUCGUCUAGACCAAGACCUUUAGUUCUCGAGAACGACCCAGCGUUUGAUGCCGACUUGAUGGAUGACAUUCGAGUGCUUUAUCAAGAUAAUUUGAAUCUAGUGGAUGACGAUUCCGCCAUGAUCGGAUCGCUCCCUUCUGGCAAUAGUGGAAAUGAGCCUCUCCCCGCUUUGUCAGCUUUGAGUUCUGCGUCUCGUGCCAUUCACGCAUCGGACGAAGCUCAUCAAAAUUUUGCCCCGGAGGCCCCCGGUGCAGCACUGUUAGAUGAUCUAGGAUUCGAGUUCGAUCAAUACGGAAGGAUGAAAGAGGCCUCAUCCCCUCAGCUACCCCCAAUGCUUCCAGAUCACAUCCCAGACUCUGGGGGUGAUUCAAGAGCGAGGAGUAGAGAGAGAAGUGGCAGGAUAAAUAGUCUAGAUUUCGCUGGUAUCACAGGGAUGGAACACCAAGAGGGCCGCGACCGCGCUGUACGUGCCCUACCUCUUACUAGUGUUAUAUACUAAUAUUCUCCAGAUUGCGAGCCCCCAAGGCCCGGAUACCCAUACCUCUUUCGAGGUGCAGGCCUCCAAUAAUUCUUCCCACCAGCCUGGAGGCUCCCAACAAGCCGGGACAGAAUAUGCCCCAUCUGAAUCCCUCCAGCUGGCAGGAGAUGAAGCAGGAACAGACGGUGCUAGGAAAGGCCGUGGCCGUGGCCUGCCAAAGGGGCCGAUAACUGACACCAUACUAGAAAUCAAGAGUAGAGAGGUAACACUAUGGACUGAGCAUUAUCUUGAGAACAUGGCAACGGCUCUUAAAAAAACUCGAGCUUCCAGGGCUUCUAGGCUAGCUAAGAAAAACGCACACACACUCAUUUUCAAAUGGAGUGUGUUUGGAGAGUUAAGAAAUCCGUUCCUACAAAGCAUGUUUUCAGGUGAGGCUAUUUUAGAGGCUAUUCAUAAGGGGGGUGGGCCCUCCGAAAAACGCAAGAGGGCGAUUGAAGACCAGGAAAUCGGUGGCGAAGAAGGAAGAAGAGUCAGGGCCAGAUCUGAUGUUUACGAAGAAGAAGAUCCAUUAUUACCGCAUUCUGAGACUGGCCUCGGCCUCCCAGAGUCUGAGGUUGGGAGAAAGGGCUCAGAAGUAGGAAGUGAGGGUUAUCAUCCAUCUAGUCAGCAACCAUUUCCCAGGCCAAAGGGGGACAUUCCAGGAUCUAGACCCAAUUCCCCUCGAUUCUCAAUUGGCAGGUUUCCCUCAAGCUCCAUUGGCGGCGAUCCCCAGGGCCACUCCUCUGCCCGACGCUCUCGUCAAAGCAGCCCCUUGGCAGCUAAAUCCAUAAGACGGAUGAGCAUUCUCCAAUCUCCAAUCGGGGAGAGAGACGAAGAUCUUGACAUGCUCGAAAUUGACGCUGCCGGAGGUUUGGUUGAUAUGGCAGAACAAUUUGAGUCCUUCAACCUGGGCGCCAACUCCGAGGAGGAAACCAACAAUUCUGUAGAAAAGGAUUGCUCGGAUUUCUUCAAGUCAGUUCCUACCCCCAUUACCCGAUUACAUUAGCUUUGCUAAUUGUUUGAUGGGCGCGAAUAGAUUUCUCAAAUAUGAGAUUCGUAAGCUAGAUAGUCGCAACGCCUAUGAAGAGAUUGUGGGCCAUUCCAACCUUAUAACUUUCGAUCAUCUCAUCGAGCCAGGGAGUAAUAAACCCGAGGUGGCAGCCAAUGCUUUUUCACACUUACUUUUGCUGGGUACUAGAGGGUUAGUUAGCAUCAGUCAGGAGGAGCCGUACGGGACCAUCCAAAUUAGCAUUGCUUGAGGGUGAUAUCACGCCAAUUUUAUUGCUAAUACGAUAGGCAGGUGCGAGUGUGAUUAGCAAUUGAUAUAGAUAGGUAGGUUAGCAGCGCGAAAUAAAGCUA